AGUCGGACUGUGUUCUCUGUUCAUAGUCACUUCAUCGCCCGCCGCUAACGCGCUGUCGCAGUGGUCGCUCGCUGCGCACUUGCUCUCCUGCUGUGUGGUCCGACCCCAUCCAGGACAGCGCUUUCAGUGUGUGAACGACAAGGGCUUUAGGACCAUCGCCAUGAUGUCUACGACGGCGUCCGACCGCUUCGGCGCCGUGGAGCUGACCCCUCGUCACGACCAGCCGCUGCUGGUGCCCGGCUCGGCCGCGCUGGACGCGAUGGCGGCGCCUUGUGUCGUGUCUGUGCGGGUGGUGUCCGCCAUCGAUCUGCGACCCAUGCACAAGGGCAUUACGAGUAACCCCAUGGUGGAGGUCUCGCUCGUUCAUGACGAUGGUUCACUUCAGUUCCAGCGCAGCGUCGGCUGGGACAUGGGCAACGAUCUCAAGGCGCCGCCUGGGCUACAGCCGCGCUCUCACAGGAACAGCACAUCGUCACUACCCGCUGGAGGCCUUCAGCACGGAAUGGCCACGAAGCCUUUCAAGUCUAGGGUGAUCAAGAGCUCGCUCAAUCCCAUGUGGAAGUUCGAUGUUGACUUCGGAGAUGUGGACACCGAUAAAGUUGUGGGUGUACUGUUCACAGUGCGUCACGUCGAGAAAUUCGGCCUUGUCAAGAAGGACAUGGGUCAGCUGAUGUUAUCAUUGAGAGACAUUAUGGAACUCAAGAUGCAACCACCGCAUGAGCAAGAAUUUCAUCUGCAGCCAACGGAUGAGAUGGUCCGCAGAGAGGCACUGGAAGGUCCGAGCAACCGCAAGCCCGGCAAGCUCUUGAUUCGAUUCAAUGGCUACGGUGUACCGUCCAGCUACACCGUUAUGACCGACGGCCGGGUGUCCAACAUGGUGAACACGCUCGUGACUCACGAGGACGAGUUUGGGCGCAGCUCUAAAUCCCUUGUGGUGCACGACAUCCGUGCUGAAGUGCGCAAACUCCAGAGUUUCCACCAGACUAAGCCCAGACCUGGUGAGAUAUGGUUUGCCGUUAGUGCGGACUGGAUUCGUGCCUGGCUACUCUUUGUGUCAAAGUACAAGGGCGAAGAACUUCACAGUCCUGGUACUGUGGACAACAUGCCGCUCAUUUCGGACGAUCUGAUGGACGGAACAUUCCAGAUCAAGGCAGGUCUCGUCAUUAAGAAGGACUUCCGGAUGAUCAACAAGAAGAGCUGGGAUUACUACCAAAACGUCUACGGUGGAGGACCAGCGAUCGAAGUGCAGAUCCCAACCGACUGCGCGAGGCCAGCGCAGUGGCUAGCCAGACUCCAGCUAGACGAAGCCGGACGCGUUAAUUCUAACUACGUCGACUCGGAUUGAGGAUUUAGUUCGGCAUCGGCGUGCGCUACUACUCCACGUCCAGAUUAGUCAUUGUCAUGUACUACAGCAACGCUUGUUUUAUUUAAUCACAUACAUGACGCCACAAAACGAUAACUACAAGCGGUUGGAUACACAUUCAGUUCCCCUUCCGAUCUACACGAGGACAGGCUCUUCCGGUUCCUUGGCCUUGCUGGGACUGUUUGC